AUGGGCGCCAAUGAAUCUCGGCCCGAUGGUGGCCCAAGGACGGCUGGCGAGAAUCCAUCGAGCGGGAAUAAUGCAAGCGAAGAUUCAACGGAGGAUCUUUACCAAAUCUUGCAAGUUAGCCCAGAUGCCUCGAGUGAAGAGAUCAAGAAGGCGUUCAGGAAACAAGCCCUGGUUCACCAUCCGGAUAAGAAUUACGACAAUGUUGAAAAUGCAACUAAAAUGUUUGCUAAGAUUCAACAAGCCUAUGAGAUCUUGAGCGAUGAAGACGAGCGUGCGUUUUAUGAUAGACAUCGUGAUGAGCUCUUAAAUGCGAACGAUGAUGGUAUGUCAUCAAGAUCGUUUGCCUUUCAAAACCUUUUCAACCAGUUAUCGGUUGAAGAAAAAAUUGCAAGAAAGGACACAACAAUUGUCUAUCCUUCCUUUGGUACCAGUGGAUCGAGUUACGACCACGAUAUUGAUGGAACACGAGCUCUAAAACAUUUCUAUUCGUCCUGGACUAAUUUCGCCACCCAGAAGAGCUUUGAAUGGGUUGAGCCUCAUCGGACAAAUCAACAAGUUGACCGUCGGAUCAAGCGACUGAUCGAAAAGGAGAACCAACGUGAACGAGAGAACGCCCGACGGGAAUACAACGAAACGAUCCGGAGCCUGGUCAGUUUUGUCAAGAAACGCGACCCACGCUUUGCCGCCAGUGCGGCCAGCAAUCCGGAAAGAUGGCGAGCCCAGGAGAUCCAACGGAUCAAGCGUGAGCUGCGCGAGGUUGCCGAACGAAGGGCCAAGGAAAGAGAAGACGAGGCCCGCCAGUUUCGCGAGCAAGCCUGGCAACGUCAGAAGGACGAGAGAAAGGAAAGUUCGGGUACUGAGGAUGGCCAAGCCGACAAAGAUUUCAAAAGUCAAGGGGCAUGGGAUAAUCAUGAGCGUAGUAAGAAGCAUCGUCAGAACGCACAGAGGUUGCGGAAGCAGAUGCUCAAAGAAGAUGCUGAGCUGUCCAUAUCAUCACUUGUCUCGUCCAAUCUCCCUUCCAAUAGCGAGACGCGAUCACAGACUCCGGAUGCUCUUCAAAAGGUCCAAGGAGUGUCCGACCAGGAACAGACAUCCACUGCUGAGAUUGAAGAUGGCUUGGAAAAUAUCGCACUUAAUCAGCCGAAAUCAUCAACCGACAAUCUUGGACUCUAG